AAUCUUCAUCUCGCUUUCUCUCGCAGCUCGCAGUCUUGAAAGUUCCGUCGAAGUUCUUGCUGGAGUAUUUCGUUUGCAGUGUGAUAUUUCUGCUAAUCCAGUGAAAAAUAAUAAUAGUGUUCCUUUUAAACGUUUUAUAACACCAAAAAGUUUUCUAAAAAUGGCUCCACCAGCAUACUCAGAUCUUGGAAAACAGGCUCGCGAUGUUUUCAACAAGGGUUACCACUUUGGCCUGUGGAAGUUGGAUGUUAAGACCAAGACCAGCUCUGGAGUAGAGUUCAAUACCAGUGGUCACUCGAACCAGGACAAUGGCAAAGUAUUCGGUUCUCUUGAGACCAAAUACAAGGUCAAGGAGUACGGUUUGAACUUUUCUGAGAAGUGGAAUACUGACAACACGCUUACCUCGGAGGUAUCCAUUGAAAAUCAACUGGUCAAUGGACUGAAACUGUCGUUCGAUGGUUCAUUUGCACCGCAAACCGGAAGUAAAACCGGACGAUUCAAGACUGCCUACUCGCACGAUAAAGUUCGCGUUGAUGCCGAUGUGAACGUCGAUCUCGCUGGUCCGCUGGUAAACGCAUCCGGUGUGUUCGGUUACCAGGGCUGGCUUGCCGGCUACCAGGUUGCAUUUGACUCGCAGAAAUCCAAGGUUACCGCCAAUAACUUUGCCCUUGGCUACUCCACCGGCGACUUCAUUCUGCACACGAAUGUCAACGACGGCCGUGAAUUUGGCGGUCUGAUCUACCAGCGAUGCAAUGAUCGCCUGGAGACCGGUGUACAGCUGUCGUGGGCCACUGGCUCAAAUGCGACCCGAUUCGGUCUUGCUGCGAAGUACGAUCUGGACAAGGACGCAAGUGUCCGCGCUAAGGUCAACAAUCAGAGUCAGAUUGGUCUUGGUUAUCAGCAGAAGCUGCGUGACGGUAUCACUUUGACACUGUCCACGAUGAUCGACGGCAAGAGCUUCAAUACUGGCGGACACAAGAUCGGUGUCGCUCUGGAACUGGAAGCCUAAGCUGGAGUAAAAAUCGUGUUCGUUUUUUAACAAACCAGAUUCAAAUCCAAUAACUAUUAAAAGCAUAAACUAACAAAGAAGAGAAUACCACGUAUAGUAAAAACAUUCGCGACAUGUUGAAAGACAGUGUUAGUCUUGGAAAUGUAUCCCUCUCGCGGGGCAUAUUCUUCGAUUAUUGGAGUGUGCUACCAAAGCACAGCUAUUAAGCCGCCAGAAACCAUAUAAGAGGAAAAAUCGUAAAAAAUCAAAUAAAGAUGGCAAAAUCUGUAAACUAUCAAUGUUUAACAUUUAUUAAUUCGAUGAGAAAAGUGUAGCAAAUCUGUUGACACGCGUUUAACAGUUGACCGCUGGACCUACAUAUAUUUUAAUAAUGACACAAAACGAAUACCUACACCAUCAUCAACACGGUUAGAAGAAUGCGACACUUUUUAUUUGUGGAAUAACCCCCCAUAUUGCGGACCCCCUUAGCAAUUACCGCUACCCUGCGAACUAGUAGUUAAACUUUAGUAAAAACGUAAACAAUGCCGAAAAUACUACAAAAGAUAAGCCGUGUACAAUUGAGUAAUAAGGUGGGAUUAGAGCGAAGCAAAUAAGUGCAGUGCACGGUCGCCAGCUUGAUAUGCACUGUGAAUUAAUGGGAAAUCUGUGCAACUAACACAAAGCUUUGAAGGAUGAUAUAAAGAAAAGAAUAAAAUAAAGUUCAACAACUGAUUCCACGCUCAACAA